AUGGAUAAAGAAAACUUUCGCUUUUAUAUUAAAACGCGUACCGCACUUAAUAUCCCUGCAAAAAUUAUUCAUAAUGAACUGUAUUCUGUCCAUAGUAAUCAAGCUCUUUCAUUCAGAACAGUUAAAAGAUGGAAUAAAUGGUUUCGUGAAGGCCGGGAAGAAAUUGAAGAUGAAGCACGACCUGGUAGACCUAUUACAGAAACAACGUAUGAAAAUAUUGAACAAGUUCGUCUUCUGAUUGAUGAUGAUCGUUAUAUGAUAAUAGAAGGUCUGCAGGAACAAACUGGCCUAAGUUACGGCACCACACAGUGA